AUGAGCAACGACAUCUGGUGGGUUCUCAAGUCCGGCGACGUUGACGCCCUCAGCAGCAUGCUCCCGGCGGACGCCGCCACCCUGCGCGACCCGAACGGCAUCAGCCUCGUCCACGCCGCCGCCGACUACGGCCACGUCGAUAUCCUGCGCCUGCUGAUCUCCCGCGGUCUGCCCGUCAACGAGGUCGACAGCUCCGGCUUCACCCCCCUCGAGCUGGCCGCCAUGGAGGGCCAUUACAACGCCACCGUCUUCCUGCUGGAGUCCGGUGCCUCGGGGAAGAUCGUGUGA